AAAGUAUCCGAGUGCAGUUACGAUCUGGCAUCUGUCAAUGCCCUCUUGCAUAGUCAGUCUAACUCUUCUAGCUGUGUAGUUUCGAUUUCGAACUUAUCCAGUGAAGACAUUUGAAAAUCAAUCGAAACUAACGCCAUCAGAUUUUUAUUCGACCGAAUCGAAUCAUGUUCGAAACAAGUUGGUUCUGUCUUCUAUUGAUCCUUAGUGGAGUGACUACUCUCUCUGUUGAUUCGAAUCCUGAAUACGUGAAACAAUGUUCGAGAAGCGACCCAAAGUUGAAAGCUUGCCUGAUCGAUGCCCUGCACCAUCUGAGACCGUAUUUAAGCGUUGGUAUACCGGAAAUUGAGCUGCCUUCCGUCGAACCGUUCCGCAUGGACGAGCUAACUCUCUCCCUGACAGGUGGUAUAAACGGUUACAAGGUUCAACUGCGCGAAUUAUACGUAAAGGGAGCGAGUAACUACACUGUAGAGGACAUUAAACUCGGUUCACCCUUCGAAGCUGUCGUACGAAUGCCAGCCCUUAUUUUGGACGCCCAUUAUUCCAGCUCGGGGGUGCUGAUCAUCCUCCCAGCCAGUGGAAACGGAACGUUUCAUGCGAAAUUCGAUGACGUGAAGGCUUUAGUCAAAGGCACCGUUUCGACAAAAGUGAAGGACGAGCAGACGUAUCUGAAUGUUGAGAAUCUCGACGUUGAAUUGGUUGUUAAACACGUGCAGAUGAGGGUUCGCAAGAUUUUCAAUAAUAAUCGAAUUCUCACCGAAGCGACCAAUCUGUUCCUCCGCGAGAACGGGCAGGAAGUGUUAAAGGUGAUGGAACCUCAGCUGAAAAAGAAGUUGUCUGCGCUUUUCGCUGGUAUCGUCAAUCAAUUGUUACGUCACGUACCAGUUGAAGUAUUUUUGUUACCUUAAACGUACUUCUUCUCUCUGGCCAUUAACCACUUCGAUUAUUUUUUUUUUUUUACAAAAUGAAAAUUAGUACAAGCUAAGUUGUAAAUAGAGUUAGGACACACCAAUGAAUAAUAACUUUGGGUACACAUUAAGAGGAUUAAGAAAAUGUAAUUAAUGUAGCAGACUUAAGGAAAUACAUCAUUAAUUUUCUAUUUAUUUA